AUGAUUCGUAGACAAACGCGACUUCGUCGAGAAUAUCUAUAUAAAAAGUCAUUAGAGACCAAAGAAAAACAAAUUUAUGAAAGAAAACAAAAAAUUAAGGAAGCUAUUCGGGAGGGUAGACCAAUUCCGACCGAAUUGCGAACGGAAGCCACACAACUUCAAAAAGAUUUAAAUUUUGAUGAAGCACAGAAUGAACCAUCAUCACAUAUCGAUGAUGAAUAUGCGCGCGCUGGGAUUUACGAUCCGAAAGUUUUGAUAACAACAUCACGUGAUCCGAGUAGCAGACUCUCACAAUUCGCAAAGGAAAUGCGUCUAGUAUUCCCUAAUUCACAACGAAUAAAUCGUGGUAAUUCUGUAGUCAAAGAUUUGGUCAAUGCCUGCAAGACAAAUGAUGUUACCGACUUAAUAAUAGUGCACGAGCAUCGUGGUGAACCAGAUGGACUGAUUGUAUGUCAUUUUCCUUAUGGGCCUACGGCAUUCUUUUCAUUGCAUAAUGUCGUACUUCGACAUGAUAUACAAGACGAAGGCACAGUUUCUGAAGUUUUCCCACAUUUAAUAUUUCAUAACUUUAAUUCCAAUCUUGGUCGAAGACAGCAUCAUGUGUACGUAAAAAUAAAUAACAAAGAAGUACAAUUGGUUGAGGUUGGACCCCGUUUUGAAAUGCGACUUUACGAAAUCAAAUUGGGAACUGUCGAUUUGAAAGAUGCUGAUAUCGAAUGGGUUUUACGACCUUAUCAGCGUACAGCCAAGAAACGCGAUCAUUUAUAA